AUGUUCCCAAAGGAUGCUGCAUGCAGCUUCACGUACAAUCAGGAUAUGAUGGAGAUUCUCAAGGAGGUGCUGGAUAUACUUCUUUCUGAAGUUUCAGACACUUUUGGCAGACAACACGAUGCCAUAGCAACAGUGGAGAGGCUGCUGGCUGCCCAUUCACAGCCCUUCGAUGUCAAGAAUUUCUACUCACGACGCCAAGUUCGGGAGGAAAUCAGUGCUCUUAUGAUGGGAUCACCACAUUUGUUCAGAGCACUGUACCUGCAGUGGUUUUGCCUAAAUGGUGAUGAACCUCUGUAUGCUGUUAUUCAGCACACUUUUACAAGUGUGGCCACUGGUGCUGACAGCAACUUGCUUCCUGAACAAUAUGCUCCCAUCGUACAGCGCCUUGAAACUGAAAUGCAGUCUUGGAGAAUCAUUGACGACGAUGAGGUGGUGCUGGGUGAUUGCAUACACAGUGAUUCUUUUGAUAUGGUGUACAAUGCGCAGUGGGACGAUGAAGUGGUGGCAGUUAAGUCAAGGUCAUGGUGGGUUGACAAGGGGCACUCCCUGGCAUGUUUCACAAGGGAGGCAGCUGUUCAUGCCUCCUUGACACAUCCUAAUGUUGUGCAGCUGUACGGCAUUACCCCUACUUGCAAGCUGGUCACGGAACUGCCCGAUGGCAAUCUGCGGCAAAUGUGCCAAGGCAAAACCCUGGAAUGGCGAGUCAAGCGGUCUCUCCUCCAGCAGGCCUCAGCAGGAUUGAUGUAUCUGCACACUGCAGAGGAGCCUGUUGUGCAUGGCUCAGUCAGCAGUCUGAACAUUGUUACCUUUGGCACUGACCCUGACAGCUGCAUUGUCAAGCUGGCAGACUUUGGGGGUUCUGCAUCUGGUGAAUAUGCCAAAAAGCGCUUUGGGCGAAUUGCAGUCACCAACAGCGAGUGGGAGUGCCCCGAGAACCUGGUCACAAUGAAGUCAGACGUUUUCAGUUCUGGGGUUGUGGCAUAUGAGGUCGUAUCUGGGAAGUUGCCAUAUGCUCGCAGUGGUUUCCAGCCUGACCCUGAUCUCCACAGCCUGAAGACAUGUCACUGGGAAGAGCCCUGCCCAGUCCGGCCCAUCGACUGCCCCACAGAAAUGCACCAACUCAUGAAGCGCUGUUGCAGCAUCGAUCCCGCUGAGCGGCCAACGAUGGAGGAGGUUAACCAAUGCCUCAUGGAGCUGCCCAAGGAAUGGAGCCGGGAGGUGAACACCAAGGCUGUUGCUAGACGAGUCUGUAAUAGCCUGAGACAGUCACGUGCACAUGCGAUGCGCCUGCGGUACAAUCGCAAUUUGAUGCAGUUCUGGCGCAACAAAUGGGAAAAGCGAAAGCCAUUAUGCGCCGCAUGCCAGGGAAGCCAGCAGCUGCACGUGGAGCCCAGGAAUGGAGAGUGUCUUGGUUUGAGUUGGAUGAUGCUGUGCGAAUGGGGUGCACCUUGCUUCGACGACAUUCAAAGGAUUUCGACUUGCACAAGUUCUACACAGUAG